AUGGUACCCGUGUCUGGAUACGUCAACAACACCAAAUACUCGGCCGAUUCCAUCCGAUGGCUUGACUUCGUUGCCUCCACUGAAGGUGUUACCAUCGAACAUGCAUUGAGUGGCACCGGAGAGAAGAAAAUAGCUGGGUUGUCCGUUGACGGGUUUUGUCAAGAAACAAAUACCGUCUACCAAUUUCAAGGUUGUUUCUACCACGGUUGCCCGACGUGUUUCGAUGGAGACUCCGUGCACCCCCUUAAGGGUGUCACGAUGUCAACUCUCCGUGAGGAAUCUGACAAAAAGACGAAUAGACUUCGUAUGAAGGGGUUCAGAGUAGUCGAAAUUUGGGAGCAUGAUUUUAGGAAGCAAAAGAAGGAAGACCCUCGCCUUCAAGACUUUUUGAAAACACAUACCGCUCAGGACCGGUUGCACCCAAGAGACGCCUUCUUUGGAGGAAGAACGAAUGCUCUGAAUCUCUUCUAUGAGGGUACUGCGAAGUAUAUCGACUUUACGUCACUGUACCCAUGGGUAAGAUUCUCUUUGAGUUUUAUUUACUUUAUUUUUAUUUAGUAAAGCCCCCCAAAAUGAUUUCUCAUUUCCCUCUCUCUCUUUUUUCAAAGGUCAACAAGUACUGUCCGUAUCCUGUCGGGCACCCUACGAUAAUUACGGAGGGAUUCGACGACAUCGAUCAAUAUUUUGGAAUCGUGAAGUGCCGAGUAGUACCUCCUCGUGGGCUGUAUUUGCCGGUGCUACCUUGCCGAAUCCAAGACAAAUUGAUGUUCCCUCUUUGUCGUACGUGUGCCGAGAAUACGCAGCAGGACCCGUGUGCACAUUGUGAUGAUGACAGGGCAUUAACUGGUACAUGGGUAAGCGAAGAGUUAAAGCUCGCAAAGAAAAAGGGGUACCAAAUAACCGAUAUGUACGAAGUUUACCAUUUCCCCAUUUCAUCCAAUGUGCUGUUUCGCGAUUACAUCGACCUGUUCCUCAAAAUAAAACAGGAGAGUAGCGGCUGGCCUCGUGAAUGCAGCACAGAAGAUGAAAAGAGGGAGUACAUACUCCGUUACGAAGCCAAAGAAGGCAUAUUGCUGGACAGCAACGCCAUUUCAAAAAACCCAGGAAGAAGACAAGUUGCCAAACUGGCUCUUAACAGUUUUUGGGGACGAUUUGGCAUGAACACAAACAAAACCAGUUUGGUGUUUGUUAAUAGCAUCCCUACCUUCAACAAAUAUAUGGCCGAUUCAACAAAAAUUAUCAAAGAUGUUUUUUUCCCAUCUGACGAGCUGGCCGCCCUACAGUUUGUUUCUGCAGCCGAGUUUGUGAAGCAGGACACCAGCACCAACAUUUUUGUAGCUGCUUUCACAACUGCAUGGGCGCGGUUGAAGCUGUAUGAGGAGAUGGACAAAUUAGGGACUCACGUACUCUACCAUGAUACAGACAGCAUCAUUUAUUCCAGUGAUGGAACUAACGACCCUCCUCUCGGAAACUUUCUUGGGGAUUUCACGGACGAAUUGGACGGUGGCACCAUCUCUGUUUUUGUGUCUGGUGGCCCGAAAAACUAUGCCUACACUACAAGUGACGGGGAAACUUGCUGCAAGGUACGUGGGUUUACCCUAAACCACAGGAACGUCCAGCUCCUCAACUUCGAUUCCAUCAAGCAGCUCGUGCUAAACUUGGACGAACCCUCCUCCAUCAAUAUCCAUAACCCGGCAAAAAUUUGCAGGGAGCCAAAAAGGAGAAAAAUUAUGAAUAAAGUUGAAAAUAAAAUGUAUCAAAUAAUCUACAACAAAAGAGUCAUACAACCGGACUAUUCGACCUUGCCCUAUGGGUACUAG